AUGGCAUCGCCACCGGAUCCCGGCCCGUACAUGCCCGACCUACCGGUGGUGCCGGCGUGGCUGAACAAGGGCGACAACGCGUGGCAGAUGGUGGCGGCCACGUUCGUGGGCCUCCAGUCCAUGCCGGGGCUGGUCGUGCUCUACGGCAGCAUCGUCAAGAAGAAGUGGGCCGUCAACUCCGCCUUCAUGGCGAUGUAUGCGUACGCGUCCACGCUCAUCGUCUGGGUGCUCGUCGGCUUCCGCAUGGCGUUCGGCGAGCGCAUGCUGCCGUUCUGGGCCAAGGCGGGGCCUGCGCUGACCCUAUGGGGCGGCGGCUUCCUCUACCAGUGGGGCGUCAUCGACUACUCCGGCGGAUACGUCAUCCACCUCUCCUCCGGCAUUGCAGGCUUCACCGCCGCAUACUGGGUGGGCCCGAGACUGAAGAGCGACAGGGAGAGGUUCUCGCCGAACAAUAUCCUUCUCAUGAUCGCCGGCGGGGGGCUGCUCUGGCUCGGAUGGGCCGGGUUCAACGGUGGAGCGCCGUACGCCCCCAACAUAACCGCGUCUGUCGCCGUGCUCAACACCAACGUUAGCGCCGCGACGAGCCUCCUCUCCUGGACCUGCCUCGACGUCAUCUUCUUCGGCAAAGCCCUCGGUCGCCGUGCAGGGCAUGAUGACCGGGCUUGUCUGCAUCACGCCGGGCGCAGGGCUGGUGCACACGUGGUCGGCGAUGCUGAUGGGCGCGUUCGCGGGCAGCGUCCCGUGGUUCACGAUGAUGAUCCUGCACAAGAAAUCCUCCCUGCUCAUGAAGGCGCGCGCGGCGUCUUCUACGGCGGCGGAAUCGCGCAGAUGGUCAAGCAGCUCGGUGGCGCGCUCUUCGUCACCGUCUGGAACCUGGUGGUCACCAGCGUCAUCCUCUUGUGCAUCGGCCUCUUCAUCCCGCUCCGCAUGCCCGACGACCAGCUCAUGAUCGGCGACGACGCGGCGCACGGCGAGGAGGCCUACGCGCUCUUGGGCAACGGCGAGAAGUUCGACGUGACGCGCCCGGACACGACGAGGACCGGCGGUGCCUCCGGCGCCCCGAGGGAGGACACGGUGGAGCAGCGACUGACCAGCAUGGGUGCCAGAGGUGUCACCAUUCAGCUGUAG